CCACUUACGGUCACCCUGGCCGUGAAUCAAAACUGCCAUUUAGCUCCAAUAUUGUGAUAUAUAGUAAUCCAAAACAAAAACAAACUAAAGAUUUAGUUAGGAAACUAUGAAUCGCUUUGUCUACGAGCAGGCCCGACUUGUGGAAAGCGAAUCCUUUGUAAGCCGUGACCGUAAUGUGAAGAUUUACGAUGGUGACCAAAAGACGGAUUUCGAGGAUGGAGAAGUGGUGCUAACUACUCACAGACUCUUCUGGGGACGCCCUGGUGAGAUAGCUCGAGCAGCCGUUACACUUUGCUUGCCACUUAGCUAUGUGUUGUCACUCAGCGAAGAAACUACCUCAAAUUUCUUUGGUCGCAAGACGCGUAUUAUAAUGCAUCUGCGACCACCAGACGUCAACAAAGCACCUGGUCCCUUGGACACAAGUCGUGCGGCUCAUAUUAAGCUUUCGGGCAAAAACGGACUAAGCGUUGAGUUUCACAGCGCUCUACGCGAAACAUUGACGGCAAAGGUUUGGGAAAUUUCACUAACCAACGAAACAAUACUGAAGAGUCCGGCACCCUUGGCCAAUGUCAAUGAUCGCUUGGCAAGAAUUCAAAAGCGCACUGGUAUUGGUGGCAUAGAACGUCAUCUGGAAGCGAAAGCCAAGGCAACAGAUGAGAAUAUAGCGCUUGCGUUCCAGGAUCUCAGUGUUCUAAUGGCCAUGGCCAAGGAUAUGGUUGGAAUAUCGAAAAGUAUUAGUAGCAAGAUACGUGAACAAAAAGGUGAAAUAUCUGAUGACGAAACGGUGCGAUUCAAGUCCUAUCUGCUCAGCCUGGGAAUUGAUGAUCCUGUAACCCGAGAUAACUUUACUAGCAAUACAGCCUACUUUAACAGCUUGGCACAGCAGAUCUGCGAGAUGCUAUUGGACCCCAUUGAAGAACACGGUGGCAUGAUGUCGCUGGCCGAUGUCUAUUGUCGUGUCAAUCGCGCUCGUGGCCUGGAGCUUCUUUCCCCAGAGGAUCUGCUGCAUGCUUGCGAGCAACUGCGUGGCCCCAUCAAACUUCGUCGCUUUCCCAGCGGAGCAAUGGUCCUACAACUUGAAUCACACGAUGACGAACUUAUUGCCAUUGAUACAUUGGAGAAAGUUACGGCGGCCGAGUCUCUGGCAGUGGAGGAGCUGGCCAAACAACUGGACAUUUCGCUUCUUUUGGCCAAGGAGCGUUUCUUGGUGGCAGAGCGAUUGGGAAAAGUUUGUCGUGAUGAGUCCGUUGAGGGUUUGCGUUUCUAUCCCAAUCUAUUGCUCGAACGCAGCAGUGGCUAGCCGGACAUUGAGAAUGUAUCUCAGCUAAUAUCAUUUUAUGUAAUAAAUUUUUCUGUUGUCUUCAUUCGUAAAUAUAAACGUGGGUUCGGCUGUGCAGUCCCUAAAUUUAUAGCAAA